CCCGUUUCCUGCCUGAGUCGGAGCUGCCAGAGUGCGCCCGACUGGCAUACGGAACAGAGGGUCGUGAAGAAGCCCGUCCAGAUGAGAUAGCUGACAGGGAACUGGCAGAGGCUCUUCAGAGGUCCAUACAAGAAAGCGGCUGAUAGGUUGGUGCAUGCCCCGUGUGCGACUGCUAACUUUCUCCGUCCCUUUGCAUGAUGCGUGUGGUGUGUGCCUUAACCCCUGAGCAGGACAGCACUGAUGCAUUUGGAGACAGCUGGAGAGGGCCCUACCAACCAGACACUGCAGAUGGACAAACUACCUCACCACAGCCCCCAUCAUAUACAUUACCCAGAACCUUAGACAACAUAUCCUCAUCCACCUCCCCCACCCAAGGCCCUUCCUCUGGCCAGCCACAAACCGUGGAUCCCUCCCAGUCUGCCCCAGCCGCCAUGGAGCAGGCCUCAGCACCAGGGCAGAGCCAGGACCAACAUGGCGUUCAGGAGCUUCCUCCACCUUUGUGCCCUGCAGAGGCUGCUGGUUCUACAAUUCAUCAGGUCCAACCUCACUCUCUGCCGCUCCAUAGCAAUUCCGAAAUGUCCCCUGUACCCAGUCCAUCAACAGACGUCCUCCCAACACUGUCCCCUCCAGCAGACAUGACAACAUCAUCCCAGUAUCCAGAGGGUGAGGAACACUGUACAGCCUCAGAGACCGAUGCUGAAUCAUUUGAGGUACUGAACAGCUCAAUGACCUCCCAACCAGAGGAACUAUCCCCCAUUCAACCCAUGGAGCAAGAGACGAUUGAGCCCCUCCCUGCUAAUUCCACUGAAGCCUGUCAGAGUGCUGCUAGCCAACCGGACUCAGUUGAAAUGGAGUCUCCCACUGCAUCCCAGGGCGAGGUGACCACCGAGAGGGACCACCCUGAAGCAGAGCGCCGCUCCAGCUCCGACAGCAUCCCCUCGCUGGCAGCAGCUCUGAUGGAGCUCCAUGAGCUGCUGGUCACCAACAGCUGUGCUCAGUCCCAAAGCCGCAGCACCUCCUCCUCCCCGUCACAUCCGUUCAGACAGGACGCAGACGAAUCGGUCACCGAGCCCCGCACCCCGACACCUGAAGACUCCCAGCCUACCCCCUCCACUGCUAUUACUAUUACAUCUGGUGCAGAACCAAGCGAUGCCAAAGCCAACCAUGCUGCUGCUGUGUGUGAUGAGGGACCAUCUAAGUGUCUUGUGUCCGACCUCUCUGGCCAGGAUGAGUAUCUUGGUAGAAAUGAAGCUGAGACUGUAAAGGAACAAGGGCCACCUCAGCAUCCAGAUGGCUCUGGGGAGAGGGGGGGGGAUAGAAGUGGGAUAAAUGAAGUCGGUAACAUCAGCAUCUCUCAGCCUGAGCCAGAGGCACCUCCUGAUCCUGCUGCAGACCCGGUGCUCAGGGAACCUCCUGAGGGGCUGCAGGGGACAGUGGCAGCAGAGGGACAAGCCUCUGGCCCCAACAGCCCAGACACUCUUGGCCCCAAGACUGAUCAGACUUUUCUUAGCCCUAUGUCAAUAACAGCAGGCUCAUCUGAGGAAGUGUCUAGCACCACGUCCUCCUGUGGUCCUCCUCUUGCUCAGGCUGCCCAGACUUCAUCUGCAGCCCCUCAUCACGCAUCUCCAAAUCCCUUUACAGAACCAUUUCCUGCUGAGCACAUCCAGAGAAUCCAGGCAGCUGGCUUUUCUGCCAGGGAGGCUGCAGAGGCACUGGAACAGGCCCAUGGGGUUGUGGAGCUAGCUCUGCUGGCACUACUAGCCCGCAGUAUCAUUGUGCCCACCUAGACUCAACCACUCGUUUGAGUCCCUGGCCUCUGAACUCUGCAUCUGUCUUAUUUAUACCUUGUUACUGAUCCAGAUGUCUCAGCUCCUUUUUACCAGGGAGCACAUCUAAACACAGGGAAAUGCUGUCUCUUGGUUUGUCAUGAAGAAUAUCCAAGAACAAACAGGACAACCGCUAAUUCUUUUCUGGAUAUGUGAGGUGUGUUUGCAUGCAGAUGUUUUGGUGCCCACCCCUUUCAUUUGUUUCUAGAGAUUUCGUAUUUUAGAUUGAUUUUCUUCUUUAUUUGUUGUCCAACUUUGACAUUUUAUUAAAUGCCCCUCGUAUAAAUGGUUCUUGAACCGCUAAACUUUGUUAUAAUUUGUUAUUAAAGCAGCAUAAUUUCUACACCCCAUGCUGGACUCCCAUAGUCUGGUGAGCUUUAGAUAAUUCAGCACAAACAUGGAAAUUUGAAACGAUUUGGUGAUUUUUCUUUUUUUUUUCUUUUUGUUGAUUUUAUGUUUGUUUCCCCUUCAAUUUACAAAUAAGAACCAGUUCAUUGAGAAGGGGCUGCAGAGUAGGGUUGAUAAUUUCUGAUCCAGUUUACAAAUCACACACAAAUGGAAACCCCUACAUUCACAGCCAUUCUCACACUGAAAUAUCAAGUGAGCCACACACACAUGUGUAUGUCUAUGUUGAGGUUUGAUCAUUAUCGUUUUUUGAAUCCAGUUUGUGUAUUGGAGAAGGGAUCUUGUACUGUAUGUAUCAUUCUCCACAGUUUGAAUGCGCUGCCAUGUAUUGAUUACAAAUCUGUUUGUAGCUCCUGUUCAGAAAGUCCAUGUUGUGUCAAAUCAUCCUAGUGUGUGUUCAUACCUUUUAAACGCAUCCACUUUCAAUUUGUAAUCUGUUAGAAUUUAGCCAUUCGCAACUGUCAAAUCUUUUGUCACUACUUUCAUCGUAUUAUCAAGGAUUUUAAUGGCUUCAUUUGAGUCAAGUACCGACAAUGUUCAGGCAGAUCGAAUUAUUUACUUUUAUGAAAUUUUAAAUUGCAAAUAAAAUGGAACUAGUAUUUGUA